CAGUUGCGGUUGGCAUAUUGUUUCACAUGUUUCCUUUUUGCUUAUCAUUGCAGAUGGUUUUCCAUGUAGGAUGGAUCUGUAUCACACAGUUGUCACUGUGGGAUUGUGUAUCACUAAUCCCUAUUCUUUGGCAUUAAGUAUUGGUAUUUAUCUGAGGGGUGGGCAGCUGAAAUCUGAGGGGUGUAGCCCAGGCUGGCCUGAAAUUUGGCUAUCCUGCUUCAGUCUCUUGGGUGCUAGAAUUACAGGUUUGUGCCAUCUGGCCUGGCUAGUAAGUUGGUUGACAAUGCUAUGCAUGAUUAUAAUGGCACCAUGUGAUGUUAAAGUUUGUUCUUCAUGCACUCUUUUGUGUUCCCUCUGCAACAGAUAUUUGCUUAUGAUCACUGUUUCUGGUCCAUGGAUGAAUCUGUUCGAGAGAAGUAUGCAGGUCAAGAUGAUGUUUUCAAGUGCCUCGGAGAGAACAUCCUUCAGAAUGCAUUUGACGGCUACAAUGCCUGCGUCUUUGCCUAUGGACAGACAGGGUCUGGAAAGUCUUACACCAUGAUGGGCACCGCUGACCAACCUGGAUUAAUCCCCAGACUUUGCAGUGGACUCUUUGAACGAACCCAGAAAGAGGAAAAUGAAGAACAGAGCUUUAAAGUCGAAGUGUCCUACAUGGAAAUUUAUAAUGAAAAAGUCAGAGACCUUCUUGACCCCAAAGGAAGCCGUCAAACAUUGAAAGUGAGAGAGCACAGUGUGUUGGGACCCUAUGUGGACGGACUUUCUAAACUGGCUGUCACAAGCUACAAGGACAUUGAGUCCCUGAUGUCCGAGGGCAACAAGUCUCGGACAGUUGCUGCAACCAACAUGAAUGAGGAAAGCAGCCGGUCCCAUGCAGUCUUCAAGAUAACCCUGACACAUACUCUGUAUGAUGUGAAGUCUGGGACAUCUGGAGAGAAAGUGGGCAAGCUGAGCUUAGUGGAUUUAGCUGGCAGUGAACGAGCCACGAAAACCGGAGCUGCGGGCGACAGGCUGAAGGAGGGCAGCAACAUCAACAAGUCCCUCACAACCCUGGGUCUGGUUAUCUCGGCCCUAGCUGAUCAGGGUGCUGGCAAAAACAAAAAUAAAUUUGUUCCCUAUCGGGACUCAGUUCUCACAUGGCUGCUCAAGGACAGUCUGGGGGGUAAUAGCAAGACUGCCAUGGUGGCCACUGUGAGCCCAGCUGCUGAUAACUACGAUGAAACCCUCUCAACCCUGAGGUAUGCAGAUCGAGCAAAGCACAUUGUCAACCAUGCAGUGGUGAAUGAGGAUCCUAAUGCUCGGAUCAUUCGAGAUCUCCGGGAAGAGGUUGAGAAGCUCCGAGAGCAGCUGACCAAGGCAGAGGCAAUGAAAUCUCCAGAGCUGAAAGAUCGUCUAGAAGAAUCCGAGAAGCUCAUUCAGGAAAUGACUGUGACCUGGGAAGAGAAACUAAGGAAAACCGAGGAGAUUGCACAGGAGCGGCAGAAGCAGCUUGAGAGCCUUGGGAUAUCUCUUCAGACUUCUGGGAUCAAAGUUGGGGAUGACAAGUGCUUCCUGGUGAACUUGAAUGCUGACCCGGCUCUGAAUGAACUCCUGGUGUACUACUUGAAGGAGCACACGCUGAUAGGGUCAGCCAAUUCCCAGGACAUCCAGCUCUGUGGGAUGGGCAUUCUUCCUGAGCACUGUAUCAUAGACAUCACGCCCGAAGGCCAGGUCAUGCUGACCCCUCAGAAGAAUACAAGAACAUUUGUAAAUGGGUCUUCUGUCUCCAGCCCCAUCCAGCUACACCAUGGGGACAGGAUACUAUGGGGAAACAACCAUUUCUUCAGACUCAAUCUUCCAAAAAAGAAAAAGAAAGCAGAGCGAGAGGAUGAGAAACAUGACUCCUCUCUGAACAAUGACAGCAGCUCUGAGCAGCUGGAUGCCGACGGAGACUCCUCCAGUGAGGUGUCCAGUGAGAUCAACUUCAACUUCGAGUAUGCACAGAUGGAGGUGACCAUGAAGGCUCUGGGCAGCAAUGACCCAAUGCAGUCCAUAUUGAACAGCCUAGAACAGCAGCACGAGGAGGAGAAGCGGUCUGCUCUGGAGCGCCAGAGGCUCAUGUACGAACACGAGCUGGAACAGCUCCGAAGAAGGCUGUCUCCUGAGAGGCAGAACUGCCGCAGUGUGGACCGGCUCUCCUUCCACUCACCCAGUGCACAGCAGCGCUUGAGACAGUGGGCUGAAGAGAGAGAAGCAACAUUGAACAACAGCUUGAUGAGGCUGAGGGAGCAGAUUGUGAAGGCCAACCUGCUGGUACGAGAAGCUGGUUACAUCGCAGAGGAGCUGGAUAAAAGAACUGAGUAUAAAGUUACCCUUCAGAUUCCAGCCUCCAGCCUGGAUGCCAAUAGGAAGCGAGGCUCUCUCCUCAGUGAACCUGCCAUCCAGGUGAGAAGAAAAGGAAAAGGAAAGCAGAUUUGGUCUUUGGAAAAGCUGGAAAACAGGCUUUUGGAUAUGAGAGACCUCUAUCAGGAAUGGAAGGAAUGUGAAGAAGACAGCCCAGUCACCCGUUCUUACUUCAAGCGUGCUGACCCAUUCUAUGAUGAGCAGGAAAAUCACAGUCUCAUUGGUGUGGCCAAUGUCUUCCUGGAGACCCUGUUUUAUGACGUGAAAUUACAGUAUGCGGUGCCAAUCAUCAACCAGAGGGGAGAGGUGGCAGGCCGGCUGCAUGUGGAGGUGAUGCGACUCAGUGGGGCCAUUGGAGAGAGGAUCGCAGGUGGAGAUGAUGCUACAGAGGUCAGCUCAGAAAAGGAAGCCCAGGAGAACAGGCUGGUCUGCAUGGUUAAAAUACUCCAAGCCACAGGAUUGCCGCAACAUCUGUGCCACUUUGUCUUCUGCAAAUAUGACUUCUGGGAUCAGCAGGAGCCAGUGACUGUUGCCCCCGAAGUCGAUACCUCUUCAUCUCCCACCAGCAAGGAGCCGCAGUGUAUGGUUGUGUUCGAUCAUUGCAGCGAGUUUAAUGUUAACAUCACAGAAGACUUCAUCGAGUAUCUCUCAGAAGGGGCCCUGGCCAUUGAGGUAUAUGGACAUAAAAUGAAUGAUCCUCGGAAAAAUCCAGCCCUGUGGGAUUUGGGAAUCAUCCAAGCAAAAACAAGGAGUCUUCGGGACAGGUGGAGUGAAGUCACCAGAAAGUUAGAAUUCUGGGUUCAGAUCUUGGAACAGAAUGAGAACGGUGAAUAUUGCCCCGUAGAAGUGAUUGCUGCAAAAGAUGUUCCAACAGGAGGGGUUUUCCAGCUCCGGCAGGGGCAGUCCCGGCGAGUUCAAGUUGAAGUGAAGUCUGUGCAAGAGUCAGGGACAUUACCACUGAUGGAAGAGUGCAUAUUGUCAGUUGGCAUUGGGUGUGUGAAAGUUAGACCGCUCAGGUCCCCUAAGAGCCACGAGAUCGUCCACGAGGAAGAAGAGGACAUGGACAGCUACCAGGAUAGGGAUUUAGAGAGGCUUCGUAGAAAAUGGCUCAAUGCAUUAACCAAACGUCAAGAAUACUUGGAUCAACAACUGCAGAAGCUCGACAGUAAACAUGACAAAACUGAGGAUGAUGCUGACAGAGAGGCACAGCUCUUGGAGAUGCGGCUGACACUCACAGAGGAAAGAAAUGCGGUGAUGGUGCCUUCUGCUGGCAGUGGCAUUCCGGGGGCACCAGCAGAAUGGACCCCGGUGCCUGGAAUGGAGACCCACAUUCCUGUUAUAUUUCUUGACUUAAAUGCGGAUGAUUUCAGCUCUCAGGAUAAUCUUGAUGACCCGGAAGCCGGAUGGGAUGCUACUCUGUCUGGGGAAGAGGAGGAAGAGUUCUUUGAGCUGCAGAUUGUGAAACAACACGAUGGAGAGGUGAAGGCAGAGGCCUCUUGGGACUCUGCAGUACACAGCUGUCCUCAGCUCAGUAAAGGCACACCGGCUGAUGAGCGAGUGUUUCUUAUCCUGCGAGUGACAGUCCAGCUCAGCCAUCCUGCCAACAUGCAGCUGGUCCUACGCAAGAGGAUUUGUGUCCAUGUUCAUGGGCGUCAGGGCUUUGCUCAAAGUCUCCUUAAAAAGAUGUCUCAUCGGAGCUCUAUUCCUGGCUGUGGAGUGACCUUUGAAAUUGUCUCCAAUAUUCCAGAGGAUGCCCAAGGCGUGGAGGAGCGAGAGGCACUGGCCAGGAUGGCAGCUAAUGUGGAAAACCCGGCUUCUGCUGACUCUGAGGCAUAUAUUGAGAAGUACUUGAGGAGUGUGCUGGCUGUGGAAAACCUCCUGACUUUAGAUCGCCUUCGUCAGGAAGUGGCCGUGAAGGAGCAGCUGACAGGGAAAGGGAAGCUGAACCGGAGGAGUAUCAGCUCUCCCAGCAUGAACAGAUUGUCUGGAAGCCGACAAGAGCUUAGCCCAUCCCACAGUCUAGGCAGCAACAAGGGCCGGUGGGAAAGUCAACAGGAUGUAUCCCAAACACUUGUUUCCAGGGGAAUAGCUCCAGGUCCUCCAGCUCUCUCUAUUUCUCCCCAAAGCAACCAGUCUCCUGAUCCUGGACUGGGAGGCUUAGCAGCCUCUUACUUGAACCCAGUGAAGUCCCUGGUACCACAGAUGCCAAAGCUGCUGAAGUCUCUCUUCCCUGUCCGUGAUGACAGAAGGGGCAGACAGUCAUCUCCCCUUGCACACCAGCCCACGCCCCGAAUCUUGGUGCAGCCUUCUUUCUCAGAUGCCCGGGCAACAAGAACAGAGGAGGCUCAACGAGGCAGCCCUGGGCCUGGUGGGGCUUUGGACUCUGUGGCACAUAUGGUAGCCCCUGCAGUGAAAAUCUGCGACAAACUUGUCAGAGUG